GCUUUUCGAAGAGAAGUGAAACCUUGGAGGCACUUGUUCGGAAGAUGUCAGCUGAUUGGUGUGAAUAGAAAGUUGCAUAGACAGGUGUUAGUUCACUGUUUAACUUUGGAUUUUGGUAUAAACUAAAACUUGUGCUUAUGUAAAGGCUAAAGUAAAUAAAAAGGCUCACAAUUAAGAUGCAUAAAUGUCGCAGUUUAAACUUGGAGGACGUGUUUCUACAGAUCCUGUGAUACUCAUGGUAAUAGUCAGAGAAGUGUGGUGUGCAUAUCGGAUGAGCAUUGCAGACUGGGUUCUUAAAACAUCUGGAUGUCUAUAAAAAUAGGUUUUGUGGAUACCGAUUUGGUCAGGUAACUUCCGUAGAGUGAUAUAACUGGAUAGCUGGUUUAGUUUUUGCAUCCCUACAAAGAUGUUAUCCUAUGAAGAACAAGCGAUUAUGCGAAAUCUACCUGCUAUUGUAGCGGAUUUGGAAAGUAUGGAUAUUAUUGAUCAUCUCACCGCUACGACGCCCCCAUCAAUUACUCCAGCUGAUUAUGAGUCUAUAAUAGUAACUUCUCAACGAGAGGGUAGAAGAGCAGGAGUGAGGUGCUUGAUUGCUUGCCUACUGCGUCGUACUGAAAGCUCAAAAAUAUUUCAAUCUCUUCUUAGUAUCCUGAAAGAAGAUUACAGCCAUUUGUCAGAUCUUUUGAGUAAUACAUAUGAAAGUUUGAAAAAAGAAAAGAAAAAUGAUGAACUGGAUUUUGGCGCCCAUUCUUUAACUCUCCUUCAUUUCAGUCCUGUUGUGGAAGUUGAUGAAUCAACUACAAUAAACACACCUUGUCAGUUGGUUUCUAAAGACAUCGAGAAUUCAAAGAUACCUUUGAAAAUACUUGGAUCUUCUGAGUACGAUAUCAUAUUCAGUAUUAUUUCAACAAUAUCAUCACAUCCUAUUGCUGUUAUAAAUUGGCGAGAUCUAUUGAAUGAGUUGUUAGGUUGUGCUACUGUCAGCGUCACUACUUGUGGUAGUAGUAGUAGUAGUAAUAGUGGUAUUUCUAGAAUUAAUAACUCAGAAUCGAAAAACAACAAUUCAAGUACUACUGAUUUUGAAAAUUUUCAAUGGUGUGCAUCGAAUUGUCGUCGGGGUUUAUUUCACUUCUUCUCCAUCAAUAUGAUUCGAAAUUUAGAAAGUCGUGGCUCUCCAUUUAAACGGUCACAAUUAGUUAUUUCUAACACAGUAAAAUUUAAUCUUCAAUUCAUUAAAAAGUUGAUUGUAGAACAAUUAAUUCCAGCCUUACAACAUCUUAAUCUAUGGAAUCUAACCAAUCGUAUCCAAGAAGAGAUUGAAUACAAUGAUGAAAAUAGAUAUGAUUCUUUAAGAGAUAUUAGUUUCAAUAAAUGUAGUCUUUUAUAUGCAAAUGAUCUUCCCUACAGAUUACUAGAUUCCAAUUAUCAUACUACUAACAAUGGAACCAAUUUAUCUUCUGAUCAUUCUCAAUCUUUAUCAUCAUUCAGUUUUUAAAAUCUUUCUCACAAUUUAAUUAUGCCAAAUCUCUACUAUUUUCAUGCGUUGAACCAUUGUUUCAUCAUUCCCUUAUCCUUUUGGAUUGGCCAUUUCUACUUCAUCAACUCAAUGUUUGUCCAGUUUGUAUUUCUUAUUUGCUUAUGUACCGUUCUCCUGCUUCACAGGAUUUGCCUAUUGAAUCUUUCGACUGUUAUUCAUCUUCUCAUAAUAUGUCAGUGGUUAAUCAAAAUGAGAAAAUUAGAAAUUCAGCUCUGAAAAUUUAUUUCUAUACAGUACUACAUAAUACAUUGUAUCAAAGAAUGAUUUCAGAUAAGAAAAACAAUAAUAAUCAAAUGGGAAAUCAGAGUGGAGAUGUUUUUAGUGAAAGUAUUCAAAAAUCAUGUGUAGCAUCCGUAAUUCAUACACAGUUAUUACCAGCUCUGCGCUCUCUUAAUCUGAAAGCAUUACAUGAUGAAGUUGAACAAUUGGCCUUUCAAAUGCUUCAUUGAAAUCUGAUUUAUCUUCUUCGAAUGAUGCCUAUAUCUGAUGACACUUGGAUAAUGGUACGAAAAAAAUGAGGAAAACAGAAUUAUAGUAGCUUUCUGUAUUAACUAUGUACAUAAUUAACUUUAAUAGUUGCAUCGUAACUUCAGCAUGGAGGGGAUGUUUCACCUGUCUUCUUUUCUGAAAAUCAUACAUGAAAAUCCUCCUAGACAGUUUAGAAAUUGCUAUGAAAUGCGUAUUUUUGUUUUUAGAAUUUAUUUACUGUAUUAUUAUUACUAUUAAUAUUAUUAUCGACACUUUUCGGUGAUCAUCCUCAAAACCAUUUUAUUUUAUGGCUAACUGAUAUAACAUGAAUUUGCAAAUUAAAAGAUUAAAUUACUUUCAAAGUCUACUUUUAUCCAAAUAUGAGUAGUUUGUAUGAAAUAAGUAAAUAUGCAUUUUGAAAUCUUAUUUUCAUCAACUGAGCUGUAACAUAUUUAUAGUGUAUGUAUCAUUAAAAUGGAUAGUAUUUGGUUAUUUGUAAGAUUUUGUUAUCACUGAUAUUUUAAUCCUAUUGGAUAGAAGCUAUUUUAAAAUAUAUCUUAGAUAGUACAAGUUAACAUGUACAGCUUAUAGUUUUGUACAAUAAUGAUACUGUAGGUACUUGAAUUUCAUAAUAUUUUAACUGGUCUACUGGUCAGAUAUCUGUCUGUUCAGAUGGCUUUUAUCAGUUUACCUUCAUAUGUAUACAUUAGUCGUGAAUAAAUAUAUGUUUAACAGUAUC